UAAUUUUUAAUGUGACGCUGUAUUUUUUUUGUAAUAUUUUUUAUAAAUAUCAUUUACUAUCAUGAAACUCUACAUUUACAGCAUUAGUUCGAUGAAAUUAUAGUGUUUUAUUCAAAGGCAGAAAAUGGCAAAAUGUCGUCGAAGACGAAAAAUGUGCAAAACCCGCUGCCGCAGCAGGAGCGGUAGGUUCAAGCGCUGCCGCUCGGGCGACCGGCGCUACCCGGUGCGGCAGCGCUGCUGUCGCGCGCGGCGCAGCUGCGGCCGCCGCAAGAGGCGCCGCUCCGGCUGUAGAAGGCGACGCGGACGUAUAGUGGUUGCUGCUGCAGCAAGAUCUAGCUCAAGCAGGGCCGACCGACCGAACUUCAGAACGACCGAUACCGAUACUCAGCUUUUGGUGUUAGGAGAAAACCGCUGCCGCUCGGGCGACCGGCGCUACCCGGUGCGGCAGCGCUGCUGUCGCGCGCGGCGCAGCUGCGGCCGCCGCAAGAGGCGCCGCUCCGGCUGUCGGAGGCGACGCGGACGCUACAUGUGGCGCUGCCGGUCCAGAUCGGGAUCGUUCAAACGCUGCCGCCGCUGCGACCGCCGGUACAAGAUACGCCGCCGCCGGUCCAGGUCACGGUCUUGACCGGUGCGGACAGACGAAAUGUGUGAUAAAUUAUUUGUAAAAUUAUCAAUCAGUAAACAUACAAACAAAUAUGACUGGUAUUAUUUAUAGAUAGAAUACUCU